AGAAAGCCCCUCACUGUUCGAAUGAGAAAACAAUGCUCACUGGAUUUAAUUGGAUUAUUGUUUUAAUAGCCAUUCUUAUUUAUGGUUUGGGCGAGUACAUAUCAAUAGUAAAUGGGUUCAAUAUCGAUUUAAAAUCUCCACUCCUCAAAACUGGACCAGAUGGUUCUAGUUUUGGUUUUUCCUUAUUGGGAUAUACUCACUUUUCAGGACAGAAAGGAGUGGUCAUAGGAUCUCCAACAGAGGGAAACAACGGUGGACUGUUUUGGUGUCCACUUUUGAGGAGCACGUGUAGUCGAAUCGAUAUUGAUCUAGAAAAAGAGACUCAUAUGCAACCUGGACUAAAUGGUGCACUUUUAGGAUAUUCAAUGUCUUCAGCCUUUAACAACAGCCGGGGACCGAUUACUGUUUGUGCACCUCGUCUUUCAUGGUCAUCAGCAGCAUCUGUUUAUUUACCUGGUGGUUGCUUUGAAUUUAAUGAACGUUUAGAAGAGCCUCAAUUAAAUCCUGCACCAAGUGCAAUUUGUUUAAAUGUUAAAGAUUCUGAUAAAUCAAUUGAUCUGAGAUAUUGUACAUUUGGUGCAUCAGUUAAUCAACAUCCUAAUAGGCCAAAACAAUUAUUUAUGGGUGGUCCACAUUUUUAUUUUGAGAAAGGCGUUGGGGCUUCAGUGAAUACAAACACGUUUGAGCGAGUAAUAACCUCAGUUGAAGAUAUUCCUUCAAAUACACUUCUUGGUUCAUCUCUUGACACUACCGAUCGAUUGUAUGCACCAUUACCGGGAUUAAAAUCACAUGAAUUGUAUGUGGCUUAUGGUGGUCCAGGUGUACCAAGUAGUGCUGUCAAUGGUUUCACUGAUAAAACGAAAUUUGGCACUGGAAUCGUAUUAAUAUUUCAAAGUAAUAAACAAAAUGGUAGAAAUAAUAUCAAACCAUUAAUGAGAAUAGAAGGACAAAGUUUUGGCAGUCGAUUUGGUCAUUCACUUAUAUUUCUCGAUAUUAAUGGAGAUGGUUGGGAUGAUCUAAUUGUCGGUGCACCUUAUCAAUAUUCCAAUACGACUGUCGGUGGACAUAGAAGACACGGAGCAGUGUUUAUAUUUUUAAAUAGACAGUCAUAUUUCUAUACACCAGUGGAUGAAGUCAGUGGCGUGGAGUUGUUUAGUUAUAAUUAUCCUGAAACUUUUCAAAUAAUUACACCUCCAUCUCAUAAUUGUGGUAAUUCACAUAUUCCUGGAUUUGGAGCGACAAUUACAAAACUUGGUGAUAUUAAUCACGAUGGUUUUCAAGACUUUGCUGUCGGUGCUCCUUAUGAAGACAACGGUGGUGCAGUCUACAUAUAUCAUGGAAGUAAAUCUGGAAAACUUCAAAAACCAACACAAAUAAUCUGUGCAAAUGAUUUGCAAAGUCCAAGACCAUUAGAAGGAUUCGGAUUUUCACUUGGAUUGAAUGGUGCCGACUUGGAUGAAAAUGGUUAUCCGGAUAUGGCGAUUGGAGCAGCUUUGUCUAGCUCUGUUGCAGUGUUACGAGCUAGACCUGUAGUCAAGCUAAGAGCAUAUUUAACAUUAAUGGAUGGUAGUACUACUCUGCCUAGUUCAUUAAAUUCAUUAGUGGAUUGUACUCAUGAAGCUCAAUCGAUUACUGGAUAUAAAGCUCCGUCGGCUAAAUGUAUUGAUAUGAAAUUAAUUCUCACAUACACCAGUGUUGAUGGUAUAUCUUGUAGUCCACAUAAAACGUAUCCAGUAUCAAUUUUAUUAAAAUACAAUCCAACCGAUGAAUGGAUUUCAGAAGGUUGGGAUCAAACUUCACAAAAUCAUCCACCAAAUUACGAAAGUAAAUGCACCUAUAAUCAAUAUUCAACUAUAAUUUCCAAAAAUAUUAUGAAAGAAUUUUAUAAAAAUUAUACUUUAUCACCAAUUGUCUUUAUACGAGAGAAAAGUUUAUCAAAUAGUGAAAUGAUUGUUAAAGAUUAUUUUAAACGUAAUGAAUCUGCUUAUCUGACGGGUUAUGAUAGUCCAGGUGGAUAUUUACAACUAGAAGGUAAUGCUUUUUGUCGUGAUCUACACAAAAUAAAAGAGAAUAUACCAUUCAAUCAAGAUGAAUUGAAUUUAGCUAGUACAUUACGAAUAAUAUUUCGAGAUACAUAUUUGAUUGAUCAAACGGAUCGUUUAAAAAUUGGUGUCAAAUGGAUUGCUAAAAUGACUGAACCAUAUCCAUUAGCUGAUCAAAUUGACGAGUAUCCUGUAGCUGAUCCACGUACAAAUACUGAACUACUUCAGAUAUCUUUUGAUAAUCCCUGUGCAAUUCGACAAUGUUGCCCAACUGUAAGAGUUAGUUAUAAUGUGAAAGUAACCAGAGAUAAAAAUGGACCUGUUGUUUAUGUGGGUGAUGAUAAUAAUCAAACAAUCGAAUUAUCCGUUCGUGUAACAAAUAUUGGCAAUGAUUUAGUUUAUGCUACUGGAUUAGUCAGUAAUUUUCUACCAAAUUUAUUGGAACUUGAUUCAACUCUUAAAGAAGCCAGUUUAAUUCAACCGGAUACAGCAAUCUGUCAUCUUAGAUAUCCAUUGGCUUCUGGUGAAUCAAGUGAAUGUAUGAUACGAUGGCUUGUAAUCGGACAUCAGUUAACUGUACAAAUGGCUAAAUUUCAUGUAAAUAGUACUGUAUUGAUAAGUUCUAAUAAUCCCAUACAAGUUGAAGGACAGUUAACUAAUGAAUUACAAGUAAAUAUUAAAAUGAUUGUCAAUGUUUCAGUAUUUGGAACAACUGAACCGAAUACAAUUUACUUUAGUGGAAAUGUUAGUGACGGGAUUAGUUCAAUGUCAGCAGAAAAUCAAAUUGGUGAUGUUAGAAUUGUUGGAAAAUUUACUGUACGAAAUUUACGUAAACAUAGUUUAAUACCAGCAUCACGUCUGAUCAUCGAUUGGCCUUUUGAAUUCGCUGGGCUCAUCAAUGAACCACAUGGAAAAUAUCUUCUCUACUUGCUUGAAAAUCCUUAUGUAAUUCAACAUGCGCUUCCAAUUCCUGGUCAAACAGUAGACAAUGAAACUAGUGUUGUUUGUGAUUCUAAGGCAUUACAGAAAGUUGUUAAUCCACAUAAUUUCCGAAUAUUUUCUAGAUUAAGAAAAUCAAACGAUGGUGUACCAGUACGAACUGCGUCAAUUAAUAUCCCUUCAGACAACCCUUCUCCGUAUCCCCCACUAUCAGACAAAAUGAUCUUGGAGCCAGUUCCUGAUCGUUUAGCAGAUUCAAAGAAAUUAGUUGAUCGAAAAAUGACUACAAUCAGUUGUUAUAAUGGACGUAUACGAUGUGUACCAAUUAUUUGUGAUUUAGGCAAGUUAUCCUAUAAAGCUGGACCAAUUACACUUGAAUUUAUCGCUAGACUCUGGGAAAAUACAAUGCGAGAAGACUUUUUAAAAGUAUUUUUAACUAAACUACAUCUGACUGCAACAUGGAAAGCUGAUGUUAAAUAUGGCAUUGACCUUGGCGGUUCGGAUUAUGCACAAGAUACAUGUUUUAAAAAAUUUAGUUACUAUAAGCUGACAAGUUGUAUAUCCGGUAUUAUAAACCAUGAAACGGUCAGUAUUAGUCAAUUAUAUAGGUAGAUGUUAGUAUGCCUUAUUUUUAAUUAUGUAGACAAUGAAUAUCCGAUCCGUUUACUUCUAUGACUUUAAAAAUGUAUACCGUGGGUACUUAGUUUGAUCAAAUUCACGAUUUCCAAGUUUAGCUGCAAACUGAUUGUUCAUUUAGUAUUCAGGGUUUAAACACUCUUCAACUUCAGUUAAUCCACAAAUAUAACUUUACCAACCUUCGGUAGUGAAAUGGUUAUUCAUCCUUACUUACAAAUCCAUUGUUCCUACAGAUCAUGCACGUAAGUUAAAAAUAUUCGGGACAUACAAAAGUACGUAUUGGUGUGAUGAUAAAUUUUUCAACAACUAUGAUUAUUAACGAGAUUCUAGAAAUACUAUCUAUCAUAUAAUUAAUGAGCGCAGGAAAUUAAAGAGAGGAUAAUUGAUUUUCUAGUCUUUUACUAAUAUCGAAAAUGGAGAAAGUAUCACUGAUGACACACAACAAUUGACAGAAGUCUGAAAUUUAGAUCAUUAGAAGCUGACUCGAUAGUCAAAAUGUAACGCUGUAGGUAACAAGUUUGAUCUCUAGUGCGAUCAUAAAUAUGCACUGUUGAAGAGUCACAAGCUAGUACAAAACACUUGUCAUAUCUUGUAUGAUUUCCAAUAAUAGUUCACUCACCAACUGAGGUCGACAGAUGUGACGAAGCCUACCUAGAAAUUGAGAUAAACUUCACAACUAACUUAACUCUCAGUAUAGAUUUUAAUUAAUUUAAAUUUUUCAUACCAUCAUUAAUUUCACUGAUGAUAUAGAAUUUCAUAUUAAAGAAUCACUGUAUUUGAACACUGAUACCGUAGAUUAAAAGCAUCUUUACUCGUAUUCAACUUAUGUUGACUAUUUAAAAUCCUGAUUAAAAAUUUUACUGUUGAUUAAUUUACUUUCUAAAAAAUGUAAUGAAUAAAGAUGUGUAAUCAUGUAUUUGUCUAACAUUUUGUUCGCUAUAUUUUUCUGCAUGUGGACACAUUCGUGUGUUAAAAUUCAGUACGUGUGAAACACAACUUGUAUAUUGUUAUUCAUUUGAUUUUACUGGUAAUUUUACUACAAUUUUUAGAUUGAUUUACUCAGAUAGCUUGUACAAAAUGCAUCAUUGUCAACCACAUGUAAUAGUUACAGAUUUUCACCAUAAAUCUUGUACAACAAUGGUUAUUGCUAUCAGCUUGAAUAAACUCUUAAAAGAUAACCAUGUCUUUGAUUAAACUUGUCAACAACAGUUAUUGCCUUCUGAGUUAACCACGACCUGUCUAUCCAGAAUUGUAGACAGCUGAGUUCAUUAUUUUAAUAACCACUUUUGAUUCGAAAGUUAAUCAUAAUAUGGAUUAUGCAUAUAUUUUACAAUCUUACGACUAGGUUUAAUCCAUCCUCAUCAAAACAAUUUAUAAUUUGAUUCGUUUUUAUAUUGAUUGUUUGGAUCUUCCCACUGAUGUUUAGAACUGCAAUUGAUCAGUCUGUUAUCGGCAUAUUUGCAUCCAGUGCGGAUUGUCUAAAUAUUGUUUUAAGUCGCAAGCACUAUAGGCAAAGAUGGAUGGUAGCUAGCAGUGGAAUCCAGCAUGCGCGUUUCGUCCUAUUUGGGACUCUUCAGCUGGUCGCACCCGAGCGCGUCCUGGAUUCCACCGCUAGCCACCAACUAUAUCUGCUUAUAACUCCUUAUUUAAUAAUUUCGCUUUUACUGUAACUCGGUGUGAAAACUUUUUCAGAUUAAAUAUAUAAAAUCAUUGAAAAUGUGAAGCAUAUUCUUACAUUAAAGUAAGAGUAUUGAUAUCAUGCAUUACCAGAAAUAAAUUCCAUUUACUAAACGUGAAAAAUUUGUGUAUACUCGCAUGUUCCUUUCAUAUACACAAGCAUAUAUAUUAAUAUCAUCAAGAAUUUUUUAAAAACUUCAUUUGUCUAAUGAUUCUAUUGCAUGGAAAGAUCCUUUCCUUUUUCAAAAGCCCUUCCUUCCCCUUCUUCACCUCUCUAAUUCGAAUAUUCCUCCUUUACAUUGCUAUAUUUCCAUUUGUUGUCAUGCAUUUCCAGUUUAGUUGGGUAAUUACGAAAAUAAUAAAACUACUACUCCACUUCUCUUAUACUUUGUUAUCCAACUCAUUUUUUGUUUCUUCUUAAUUCUACUAGAUUGAAGUUCAUAUAUUUAAUAAUUUAGAGCAGAAACCAAUCCCUCCAAAAUAUAUGGCAUUAUACAUAGGAUUAGCUGUAUUUGGAGGUUUACUAUUGUUAUCUAUUCUAGUUAUUAUACUUUAUAAAGCCGGUUUCUUUAAACGUAAACGUUUCAUGCGAAGACGAACAAAAGUACCGCCUACAGAACCAACCCAAAGACUUGGUCAAUACACUUCAACUGAACCAAAGCAAAGACAGCCGUUGAUUUCACCAAUUCAAACAACCUAUCAUGACAAUAGAAAAGUCACUUCAAGACGAACAAACUAUCAUCCAGUGCCUAACACACAGGAACCAGCCUAUCGUAGGACACCUUAUUCACCUUCAUCUGACUUUCCUAUUCCACAUAAAUAGUAGAUACUACAUACACUGAUUAUUAUAGAUAUAGAUUUUUUUAUUUUCUAACUUAACAAUUGUCCUUUACGGGUAAUUCAGAAGACUAUCAAUAAUCACAACGAUAUAUAUAUUUCUCGACUGCUGCUCCAAAAAUAUACACCACAACUACAAAAUGUCCAAAUCCUAUCAUUUUACUCAGAAUACUUUUCUAUUUGCUGACAAUGUUUUCUCUUACCAAUCUUUUUGUUACUGAAUAUGCCAAUUAUCAAAUCAACGAAAUAAUUGCCAAAUUUUUCUGAGAUGCUUUCUAUAUUACCUAUAUAUAUGUGUGUGCUGUUCAUCCGCACACACGCACAUACAUAUCUAAUUGCUGUGCACAAAUGAGGCUUGGCGAGCUAACUGUUUGACUUUUUCAAAUUUGUAUCGAUUAAACCUACUACUGAUGGUAAUAACAGUAGUAUUAAUGAUGACAGUAAACUAACCUAUACUAGAACAUUUUCAGAUGACAUUUUUAUAUAUACAAAUAUCUGGAUACAGCUCUGAUAGUGAAUUUCAACAAAUAUCCUUUGUUUUGGCUCAAUUUUUUAUAAACUUUAUUUUUCGACGG